CAUGGUAUAUGUCAAUUUCUGCAUACACUUACAUAUUUAGUAAUUUAACAAUUAAGAACUCACUUGAAACAACAAUUAAAAAUAUGAUGAAUAAAUUAACAAACCAAGAUGAACAAAUGCGUGAAAAAAAUAUACAUUGUUAUUUCUUGAAACCUAAUUUGGAAUGUAAUACAUGCUACAUGUGCAUGUGUUAACGUAUACAACCUUAAUGUAAAGUGUAUAAUUAAAUCAUAAACCCCACACCAUCAUCCAACUGAAUGGUCGCAAUGUCGCUUGUUUCAAGUAGGCUACUGAUUUAGUCACAUGUAUUUGGACUUUGGAUCUGUAGCUCUAUCAAGGGGAGGGUUUUAGGACGUCGGAGAUGGCCAGAGGAAAAACAUACUCGAGCAGUUUCGGUUACACACAGAACUCUUUUCUGCUUCUUAGAAAGCGGAAUUUGGCGUUUAAAGUGGCGCUAUGAUGUUUGUGAAGCCCUUAAACCGAAGAACAUUUUGGUUGAACUGUGUGAAUACAUCUUUGAAAGAAGAGUAGAAAACUUUGAAGACCUACGGACAACAGGUGCGACGGCACCCGGAUGAUUUACCUGAGCUAGCCAUGGAUUUGAACCUUGUGGGUGAAGGACUUCUCUUUGGUUAUGUAAGCCUCUUUAAUUCGUAUCUCAUCUAAACGAGCGAGGAAAAACAUCUUCCCGGGAAUCUGCUAUUAUGUAUGAGGGGGCCAGCAGUGGACCCGUCGGGUCAGAGGAACAUUUCAAUGCCUCUGUGGGAAAAGCAAGCGCCUUUCCCUCAGAGGAACCAAAAUACUCACUCUGUAAAGUCUCAGGCAACCACGGAAGUAAUCCCGAUUCCCUUAAAAACAGGAUAACAAGCCAGUUCCGCUCAAAUCUUGAAGAGCGCCUUUCUAGAUAUGGUGCUCGACCUGUGCCUCCUGCGAUUAGCGCCUCCACCCGCAGAUCCAGAUUCCAGAAACAGCUGGAGGUCUGUGAACCUGGCAGCAGCGCCUCCCGCAGACAAUCAGUUGAUGCUUCCGAGAAGGGCUCUCUCACUACCACUAUGCGUAAGAAGUACUUGAAAGAGUUGUUUCUGAAUAACAGAUCUGGACUGUCAAGUAUUAUAUCAUCCAGACACUCGAUUGUAUCGUCCAAAGACAGUGAAGAGGAUGCACCUUAUGGUGUAAAGGACACUAUCAACAGCUGUGCGCUCUGGGCUUUAGAUCCCAUGGAACACGCAUGGAUGCUCUCUGCUGUGGAUGGGAAUUAUGACACUAUGCUGGAAUUUCUUGCAGAGGAUCCCAGCCUUCUGAGCAGAAAAGACUUUAUCAGUGGUUACACAGUUCUCCAUUGGUUAGCCAAAAAUGGAAGGGACGAGACACUGAUUCAACUUAUCAAGCAUGCUGAAAAAGAAGGGUUGCCGGUGAAUGUGAACUUGAGAGGCAGUGGAGGUCUAACACCUCUUCACGUGGCUGCCAUGCAUCACCAGUACAUGGUCGUGAAGCUUUUGGUUGGCGCAUUUAGUGCAAAAAUAGAUGUCAUGGACUACAGUGGGAAGAGAGCAUGGCAAUAUCUUAAGCACAACGCACCAAUGGAAAUUAAAGAGCUUCUCGGAGCCUGGGAUGACGAACACACUGUAAGGUACUUCAAAGUGAACAACAACAGUGCGAGUCAAGCACAGCCAAAACAAAAUAAAGUUGGAGUGGAAAAUCCAGAGGGCAGAAUUGCACAAAAGGAUGUUGUACAACGUUGGUCUGCUAGAAGAAAAAGUCUGAGAAUUGAAUUUCCUUUUUAAAACCAAUAGUGUUAUAUUCUCAAAGGUCCUUAAAGUUACCCUUUAACAAUUUGUUCAUUAAGAAAAAAAGACUUCAACUUCCUUAUGUAGCCAGCGGUUACAACUUUUCAGAAGUCCUUACAGGUGAGCUUUUGUAAUAUAUGUUUAAGAAAAUCUAAUUCACAUGGCAAAGUGCCAACUGCUUUCUGAUCCCAGGGUUGCCUCAAUGUGUGCUGUGCAUUUUAUGAAUUAAAUAUCUUUGAAAAAACCAUGGAAAUUCAAGAGUUUGUUGCUAACCAAUAAUAAAUUGCCCUCAGUAUGGAGCCAAAAAACUCAGAACAUUGACACAAAGUGCCUAUAAAUGCAUACAGGUACAACAGGGUGUAUUAAGCCAUGUUCACACCACCAACGACACAAGUGACAAAGAGACAUGCUCCCAUUCAUUUUCAAUGAUAACAGAGACCGUUGGUGACUAGAUGUGGGUGUGGCGACCGACACGACUACUUUGAAUAAAGUUUAAUUUUGGGCAAAUGACGAGCGACAUUCGGGAGCGACUACAAUUGAGUGAAGACAGUGGAGUUCAUGUCACCCGUCUGCUGAGUGUGAGACACUGGAGUCGAGUGCAGGCAAUUUUCUGUGUGCUAUUUCACAGUUCUACAUCAUUUGUAACUACACACAUGGAUAUAGCCUAAUAAAAAUGAUGCAUGGAAAACCAUGUUGGCAUUCUGAGUGAAUUUCAUUCAUAUAUUGAAAGAUUGUCUUUUAAUGAAAUGAUGCAGAGAGAACUGAUUCAUUGUCAAAUUAGAAUUAUAUCUUAGUUUUUCCAGCAGUUUAAUCUGUAAUCAGCAUUUCAAAAGCUACUGGCCAGACGUGCAGUCCACCAAUUACAUUAGAGGGACAGCAGUAGGAACGGUCGGCCACUAGCGACAUCAUAGUAUAGAGACUAGUGACACAAGUGACAAUGUCGUUUGCG